AUGGGGUCAUCUGCACAUUCAGGAAAGCAGCAGCAGAAGCCACACGCUGUGCUGCUGCCAUUUCCAGCACAAGGCCAUGUCAACCCUUUCAUGCAACUCGCCAAACUCUUGCACUCCAGAGGCUUCCACAUCACAUUCGUCAACACCGAGCACAACCACAGGCGCCUGGUUCGAGCCAGGGGCCCUGAAGCUGUGAAGGGUCUCUCCGAUUUCCAGUUCCAGGCGUUCCCCGAUGGGCUGCCGCCGUCGGACGAGGAUGCCACCCAAGACAUUCCUGCUCUCUGUUACGCAACGCAGAACCACUGCCUGCAGCCGUUUAUGGAGCUGAUGGGAAAGCUCAACUCGAGUACCACUAGUGCUCCAGAAGUUCCUCCAGUUACUUGCAUAGUUUCUGAUGGAGUCAUGACGUUUGGAAUUGAAGCUGCUGAAUUGUUGGGAGUUCAGCAUGCGACUUUCUGGACCGCCUCAGCUUGCGGGCUCGUGGGGUAUUUGCAAUAUGAUCAACUCAUUACAAGAGGCAUCUUUCCUCUCAAAGAGCACAACUUGAAGGAUGGAACCCUCGAGAGUCCUCUAGAAUGGGUUCCAGCUGGGAUGAGCAACAUCCGUCUCAAGGAUCUGCCAAGCUUCGCAAUUACAACGGAUGCCGAAGAUGUGAUGUUCCACUUCCUGAGAAUCGAAGCCAGGAACUGCUUGAAAUCCGGCGCGAUCAUCUUCAACACAUUCGAUGCAUUCGAAGGGAAAGCGCUAACGACCAUCAGAAAGGACUACUUCCCCUGGCCUCGUCAAAUCUACACCGUCGGCCCACUCGUCUUGCUUGGAGGUGAAGAAAUGUCUGAAACAGAAUCCAGGACAAUAAGUUCAAAUCUGUGGAAAGAAGACCUGAAAUGCACGGAGUGGCUCGACCAAAGAGAACCUCGAUCGGUUGUGUAUGUCAACUACGGAAGCAUAACGGUUAUGUCGGACGAACACCUCAAGGAAUUCGCGUGGGGGCUUGCAGAAAGCAAGCGCCCGUUUCUGUGGAUCGUGAGACCGGAUAUCUUAAGGGGGGAUUCAGCAAUCCUGCCGCCGGAGUUUCUCGAGGAGAUCGAAAACCGGGGGUGUCUGGCGAGCUGGUGCGUACAGCAGGAAGUGCUUUCACAUCCAUCUGUGGGAGUUUUCCUGACGCAUUGCGGUUGGAACUCGAUGAUUGAGAGCGUCUCCGUCGGCAUUCCUGUGAUAUGUUGGCCCUUUUUCGCGGAACAGCAGACUAACUGCAGGUAUGCUUGCAGAGAGUGGGGGAUCGGCCUGGAGCUCGGUGCUGAUGUGAAGAGGAAAGAGGUUGCGGAUGUGAUUGAGGAGAUGAUGAGCGGGGAGACAGGAAAGGUGAUGAAAUACAAGGCUGUGGAAUGGCAGAAGCAGGCCAAGGAAUGUGUUGGUGUUGAAGGGCCUUCCUUCAGUAAUUUCGGAAGAUUUGUCCAAGACUACUAUAUGCAAUCAUAA